AUGCAGGAUCUCUUCCUGACCACGUUCGUGAGGGGCGGCGAUGAAUUUGAACGAGCCUGUGCGGUACUCCAGGCCGUGGCCAACAUGAGCGGAUGGCAUAGCCUGCACCGCGUCGUCUUUUACAGCGGCCCGCUGCCGCCCAAAGGCUUUCCAAACCCGCGCUCGGCCCAGCCGGCGAACCAGCCGCCCGGAGCCAAGCCGUCGCCGCAACAGCUGCAGCAGACGGCCGCGCUCUGGGGUUCGCUCAACCAGGCCCUGACCAAGACGUCGUACAUCAUGCAGGCGCGCUACGAGGUCUUCAAGGAUCGGGAUUUCGUGGGUGUGCCCAAUGAGGCUGAUGCUUCGGCGGCGGUGGUGGAUGGUGAAGCUGAGCUUAACAGGACUACUGGGACUCUAAGGUGGACUGAUCUGCCCAUCAAACAACCCGACAACAAUCCUGUUACUCAACGCAAGAGGAUUGAUAUCUUGGACCACAAGAACUUGAUCGCAGUCUUCAAGGACAACAACCACACAUAUAAGAGUGAAGCGAUUGAGGAGUCUGUCAGCUACUACAUCGACAGUGUUGAAAUUACCUUCGUCCGGUAUUACAAGCUUCCCGAGUCAACGCAACCUCUCACCAGUCUUCCGACUUGGCCGUCCCUGCAGCUGGUCGACCCCUCGGGCACCUGGAUGCUGUUCCUCCGAACCACGGUACAAGAGGAAAACGCCUACGACAAGAUCAAAGAGGCCCAAGAAGAGUUGCAGCGGGUUCGGGAUCAGCUCGGAGGCGUCUUCGAAUUCAAAGUGUACGAUAGGAGGGUUCACGACACACGGAUCAUUCAACAGGCCAGUAACAUGCCGGCGCCGCUUCCGCAAAUACAGAGAGCUAGGGGUUGA